UUUCCCUGCAUUUCGAUGCCACGUGCUGUCUUUGUCAAGAUCAGAGCACCCCCCCCCCCCAACAGCCUUUUAGAAGGGCCUCUAAUGUCCUCCAGAGCUGCACUGGUUCAUAGGAGAGGCCUCCUACAAUGCAGGCAGCUAGUCAGAGCAGUGUCCACAGCUGGCAGUGUGUGUGGGAGUGAGGGUGACUAUAUACCCAGAGCUAAAGCUAGAGAGUGGAGGCUUCAUAAGAAUGACCAGUUGAGAAAGAACAGACGAGAUCCAGAGCUAGAGAGAAGGGCUAGGAACAAACAGUUGGAGGUCCCACUGGACCUGGUACAGAGUGAAUGGAAGGAAGGUACUGGUCGUCACCACCUCAGGAACAUUGGUCUCCACUGUGCCAUCUACCAAGAUGUGUUUGGCUCCGUGUUCCACCCUCGAGGAUUCAUGGAUAUUCAAUACAGCACAUCAGAGGACACUCAUAGCGUAGAGCAGGGUAACCUGUUACCGGUAUCUUGUGCGCGUGUGGAGCCAGUGGUGACAUUGCCUGAGGGUCUGGAAGGCAACUACUCCACAUUGCUACUGACUGACCCUGAUGGACAUCUCACCAAUGGCACAAUGGAGCUACUGCAUUGGAUGAUUGCUGACAUCCCGUGUGGGCGACCCCCUGCUGAGGGCAGGUUGGUGACCCCCUACCUCCAGCCGAUACCCCCUGCUGGGAGUGGCUUCCAUCGCUAUGUCUUCUCACUAUACACACACGACCACCCCCUCUCUGAGACCACUCAGCCAGCAGAGGAAGAUGAUUGGCUGAAGAAACGAACCUUCUCGACUAUUGAUUUCCUACGAGCACAACCUGACCUGCGUCCGUUUGCCUUCUCUUAUUUCCAGAGCCAGUGGGACAGCAGUGUGAGGGAGGCCUACAGCAAGCUAUUAGCACACCCAGAACCAGUCUAUCAGAUACUACGCACACUAACUCCACGACAAGCAAGACAAGUGGAGAUCAAGUGUCAGAGAGGAGCCAAAUACAGUGUCAUGUGAUGCUCAUGUGAACAGACUAUAAUGUUUGUAGUGUGUGUACAUACAUUCAGACUGUUAUUCACCGCAUGUAGUGUAUCAUGUGCUCACAGUGAAUUCAAAAACAAGUUUGUUCGUAUUGUGA